AUGGUUGCAUCAUCUGAAGGAUUAGAUCUCUGUUUUAACAGGCAUCUACAUAGACAUUUUAACCAGUUCCAUCGCCUUGGUAUUCGAGGACCCAGACCAUCCCUGGUUUGUGGCAACCUGGCUGAGUUAUUGCAGAAGGGGCAGCAUCAGGCUAUACAGGACUGGACAAGCGAGUAUGGACGAAUAUUUGGAUAUUUUGAGGGAUACACACCGGUUAUCACUGUUGGGGAACCUGAUUUGCUGAAAGAUAUCCUGGUGAAAGACUACCCUAACUUUAAAAGACGAAAGUCGUUUCCCUUGGCACCCAAGAAAAGUCUAGGGCUAUUUUUAGAGGAAGGUGAUCAAUGGCGGAAGAGUCGAUCUUUACUAACCCCAGCUUUUAGUUCUGGAAAAAUGAAGCAAAUGUUCUCAAUAAUGAACGAUUGUACCGAUUUGAUGAUCACAAACUUGGACGAAAAGGCGGAUCGGAGCGAGUCGUUUGAUAUUUACAGCAUGUUCCAGUGUUUAACCUUAGAUGUCAUAGGACGGUGUGCUUUUGGUUUAAGAACGGAUGCUCAAACAGAUGCUAAUGAUCCAUUCCUUACACAGAUCCGGACAUUGUUUGAUGGAAUGACAAAAUCUAUCAUACUUCCAUUAGUUAUGUUUAUGCCAUUUUUACGAUAUUUUAUCUUCGCUGUGAAGAAUAUUGUGGUUAUAUUUGGAAUGAAUCCUAUUGUUUGGUUACGUCAACAGAUGACGGAUGUUAUCAAGAUGAGGAGAGAGAUGGGAACGGGGACAAAGAUUGUUGAUCUGGUGCAGCUUAUGCUCUAUCCGGAACUAAAGGCCCGGCAUAAACAUCUGGACUCAGCCAUGAUGAAAGAGCCAAUGACAAAUAGAGAAGUUGUAGCCCAGAGCAUAACGUUCUUGUUGGCUGGAUACGAAACCACAAGCACUGGGCUGGCUUUUAUGAGUCACAUGCUGGCAAUGAAUCCUGAUAUACAGAAUAAAUUACUGACAGAAAUAGAUGAAAAAAUUGGCGAGAAAGAAGUCGAUUACGAAUCAGUUCAGAAAUUAUCGUAUUUUGAUCAAGUUUUUGAUGAAGUUUGUCGAAUGUAUCCAACUGCAUCUUUGAUUGUAACAAGACGGGCAUCUGAGACUAAAGAAUACCACGGAAUAACAAUACCAGAAGGAAUAAAUAUACAGGCUAAUAUAUGGGCUUUACAUCGCGACGCCACCUACUGGCAAGAGCCUGAAACAUUUGAUCCCGAAAGAUUUUCACAAAGAAGAAGAAGUGAGAUCCAAGGCUACACAUAUUUACCGUUUGGCGCAGGUCCUAGAGCGUGCAUAGGAAUGAGAUUUGCCAUACUGGAAACUAAAAUCGCCAUCGCAAGAGUGCUACAAAAGUUCGAAAUAUUAAAGGGAGAUAAUAUGAAGGAAGUUUUAGACGUUGAAGCUCGCGGUGCAAUCGUUCCUAAAGAUCCGGUAAAUGUCAGGGUUGUAAAACGAGUUAAAACAGAUUAUACUAUCAGCGAAGAGUGACCCGUCCGUGAGUAACCCGUCAAUAGGACCGGGAAAUUCUCGUGAAUAAAUAGUUAGCAUUCUAGUGUGUGAUUCAUGUUGCAGAAGAAGAAAGGAUAAUCAGAAGAAUAAGACAUCCGUGAUAGACUGCUGUUCAGUCAGUGACUGUGCCAUAACUGCCUGGGACGAGUUAUCUUUCCCAUGACCGGGGGAUGUUUCUUUUGUAUACAAACAUUGGAGAAAACAAUAUUUUUGUUGUCGGAAUAUAACCGCUCAAAUUUUGAAUACACCGGUGAAUACUGCUGACAA